CCAUUAUAUACCAAUAUGUCUGAUCCGUGGCGUAACAUUGGCUUCAAAUCAACAACCUUUCCUGGAUGGCCAAAGAAAGACACCCACUUAGGAUCUGGGUGGUAUCGCUUCAUCGGUAUUGGAGGAGAUGUUCUGUAUGACAACUGUACCAGCACUGUUGUUGGUGGAGGCACAUCACAUCCCAUUUUAUCAUGUGGUGAAGACAGUACAUAUUAUUGGGGGAUCCAAUACAGUGAUAUAACAGUCUGUUACCAGUCCUCAGGAGGGUGCUCAAGCACUAGACAAAUCAGCAGAAUCCAUUGUCCUGAUGGAUUCUACUUGUAUCGGCAUGACCAUUAUGACAAAUCAUACAGUUAUGUCACUCGACACCAGACGUGUGGAGCAUCCUCCUGUGGUCCUAAUGCCCUGUGUGUUGAUGACGGACGCUGUGAGUGCAAACCUGGAUAUGAGAUACCUGACGGCCACUUACCCACUGGAGACUCUUAUCAAUGUGAAGAUAUUAAAACGUGUAACCCAUCAACUCAGGUAUGUCCUGACUCAUCCACAUGCGUCAACAUUGAAGAGGGAAUUUCCUGUCAAUGCCAAAACGGUACCAUACCCAGUAUCACUGCAGGCUCAUUGGUUUGCAAAGAUCUUCUCAGCAAUGAGGGAACGUCGCCUGAGACUCAAUUUAAGAAUCUGAACAGUGCCAUCAAAAAUUUGACGGAUGAUGUUGUUUUAGCGCCAUACGUUGUGUCGUCCUUACUGGGGAGUUUAGAAGAUGCCCUCACUAAGGUGCCACAGAAUACCAAUGUAGAGAAGCUGGUGUUCUUGGGUGAUGCCAUGCUGCAGUCCACUGAAAAGCUGGUGGGGGCCCUGGUGGAGCCGACAACCACAAAUGCCAGCAAAGCACUGACUACCAAAACCAUGGAAGUACAAACGUUCGCCAUCGGAAAGGAUUAUAAGAGCAAUAUGAGCACCAAUGUUGAAAAUGAAAAUAACUCUUUGGAUAUAGACCUCACUGAUAUUGCAAGGAACAACAAUGGAUCAGCCGCUGUGGCCCUCACAAACUUCAAGAAAUUGGGUUCAGUUCUGACAGCAGACCUCUUCUACACUGUCAAUGACACAAAGAAGACCAUGAUGUCUGCAGUUCUGAGUGCCUCCCUACCAAAAACCCAAAACAAAGUCCUGCCAAGUCCAGCCAACAUCACAGUUAAACACAUCCAGAGUCUGGACCCUCGGGGAGAGCUCUCCUGUGUGUACUGGAAUGGCAGCGCCUGGGUGGUAGACGGCUGUGAUGUCACCCAGACCAACACCACCCACACCGUCUGCACCUGUGUCCAUUUCUCUACCUUCGCUCUGAUCAUGCAGGUGGAGCGACCUCCAGAGGUUUCGGAGCAUUCUCCAGAGACAAACCAGAAGAUGGAGUUGCUGAAUAGGAUCGCCGUCUCUGUUGGGUUGGGGUUCCUGUUCCUGGCUGUGAUGACCUUUGCCCUCUGUCGACGUAAACCCCUAGUGAACAGCGCGACUCGUCUGAACCUCUGCAUCAGUCUGUUUCUUGCUCACCUCCUCUUCCUGCUCGUCCAGGAGUUCAUCCACCUCAUCCAUCCUCACAAGGUUGUGUGUACGGUGCUCUCAGGAGUUCUUCACUACCUCUUCCUGAGCUGUUUCGUGUGGAUGCUCCUGGAGAGCAUCUGGCUUUUCCACGCUGUCCUCAGACUCAAAGACAUCAGAUCCCCACGGGGGAUUGGACCUCACUGGGGAUACCAGUGCCUGGCUGGUUAUGGAGGUCCCCUGGCUGUCGUUGCUGUUUCAGCUGGAAUUAUGCCUGAUGGCUAUGGGAGUGACAGGUGCUGGUUGAAUUACGACAAAGGAUUCACCUGGAGUUUUCUUGGUCCCGUGUGCUGCAUUCUUGGAACAAACGCCGUCCUCUUCCUUAUCAUCAUCAUCCUCCUUCGCACUGCCCUGUCCCAGAUGCAGCACGGCCCAGCACACGAUAAACGAAUCAAGAUGUUGGUGUUCAAAACGCUGGUCCAGUCUGUUAUCAUUGGGUUGCCUUGGAUACUGGGAUUCUUCACUAGAAGCAGUCAGGCACUGGAUGUUCUCUUCCUUGUGCUCAACAGCCAACAGGGAACCUUCAUCUUCCUGCUACACUGUGUUCUCAAUGAGGAGGUGCGACAGCAGUUCUGCAUUUGCUGCAGGAGAAUGGAGAAUAAAGAAUGAGUAUGGCACAGCAUAACGUUACAAAUGUCCAUCCAAAGUAUCUCCUCCAUGUACGUAGUUAGUGCACUUCCACUGUAGCUUCCAACAAUUUGACCAUUCCUCCUCCUUUUACAUUACA